UCAUCCAUUCCCAAUCAUCUUCACUCUGGGGCAGCUUUUGCCAUUGCAGGGGACAAGUUAUAGCAUGAUCCAUGGCUACCACAUCUAUAUCUCUGUCUGCACCACCUCUCGUACCCAUUUUCAAGCCAAAGCUUACUAAAUUUUCUCUUCCUGUCAACUAUUUAUCUCCACCAAUCACUUCAACUUUCUCCUUAUCUGCUCCUCUCCCAGAAAGAACAAGGACCAUCCAAUUUCGCAACCAGAUUUGGAGAAUCUCUGCUACCCCAGAAGAAGCCUUGUCUUCAGUUACGAACCCAGUUGAGGAUUCCCUGCAAAUACUGCCCAGUACCAGUGAUGAUGGCACGGCAACCAUCAUACAAGUUCUUCUCUUCAUUUCCUUUGCUGUUCUCUCUGUUCUCACUAUUGGGGUUAUCUACCUGGCAGUGACAGAUUUCUUGCAGAAGAGGGAGAGCGAGAAAUUUGAGAAAGAAGAGGCAACCAAGAAUAAGAAGGGUAGGAAAAAGAAGAAAGUGAGAGCAAGGGCUGGGCCAAAGGGAUUUGGGCAAAAGAUUGACGAUGAUGAUGACCUAGAUUUUGAUUGAUUAGAAUGCACUCCCACUUUCUGACUUUCACCAUCUGUGUAUUGAUUUUUCUUCCUUCUCUGGUUCUGUAUUCAAGAAAUGGGUUUGUGUUCUCUGUCUUAGGUUUUACUAAAUGAAAUCGUGUUCUUUUCUUUUUUUUUUACUGA